UUACUCGGCGUAUGAGCAAUACACAGUACUCAUGCACUGCUCUACUUGAUAUUACUUCAAUACUUCAGUCGACGCGCAUCGCUCGGUUAAACAGCGCGUCUGAUAUCCGGUUCGAAGGAAAAAAAGUGAAAAUGAAUAUUGUCCGUGCUGCGUGUGUUGUAUUAGUUUAUUCACUAGCAUUCUCGAAAGCAGAAGUACUUAAUCCGCUCUCCGAUGCCUUCAUAGACAUUAUCAACUCACGACAGUCCACAUGGAAGGCGGGCAGAAAUUUCCCGUUAUACAUGACGUUGCGGUCCAUAAAGAGUAUGAUGGGUGCCAUACCGGAUAAUGACUUAUUGAACUUGCUGACAGUGUUUCAUGAUCAAGAACUAAUAGAUAGUUUACCGGAAAGCUUCGAUCCUAGGGACAAAUGGCCGAAUUGUCCCACUUUAAACGAAAUCCGCGAUCAAGGAAGCUGCGGUAGUUGCUGGGCGUUUGGAGCGGUUGAAGCUAUGACGGACCGGUACUGUAUCUACUCAAACGGUACGAAGCAUUUCCAUUUCUCCGCGGAAGAUUUACUAAGUUGCUGUCCAGUUUGCGGCCUCGGAUGCAACGGUGGGAUGCCAACACUGGCUUGGGAGUACUGGAAACAUUUUGGAAUAGUUUCUGGUGGAAGCUACAACUCUUCUCAAGGCUGUUUACCCUAUGAAGUAGCACCCUGCGAGCAUCACGUGCCUGGGAAUAGAAUGCCAUGCAGUGGUGACACAGGUACGCCAAAAUGCUAUAGAACAUGCCGCAAAGGCUAUCCGUCCACUUACAAACAAGAUAAAAAAUACGGCAAACACGUCUUCAACAUUAGAGGUGGAGAACCACAUAUUAAGGCCGAAAUAUUCAAAAAUGGUCCUGUCGAAGGUGCUUUUACAGUGUAUGCCGAUUUGCUGGCUUACAAAAGUGGUGUUUACAAACACGUUGCUGGCGAAGAACUUGGCGGUCACGCAAUUAAGAUUAUGGGAUGGGGAAUUGAAAAUGGUAAUAAAUACUGGCUUAUUGCAAACUCUUGGAACUCAGAUUGGGGUGACAAUGGCUUCUUUAAGAUCAUUCGCGGCGAAGAUCACUGUGGAAUCGAAAGUUCGAUAGUUGCUGGCGAACCUUUACUGGAUUAAACAAUUAUUUGCAGGUACAUUAAUAAAAGUUAAUUUUUUUUUAGGAAACCAAAGUGUAAGGCAUUUUUAAUAAAUAGAAUGA